UAAUAAAUAUUUUUUAAAUGAAUGAAUGAAUAUUCAAAUUAAGAUGACCACAGUGUUUUAUGUGGUUUAUAAUGUGGGGGCAGCAGUAGGACAAGGUCUUGGUUCCUUCCAGAAAGUUUGUUAUAAAGUGUUUUCUUUUCUCUUUCCUCCAGGGUUUAUAUUCAGAGCACCAAUCAAAUUAAGCAAGCCUGGAGAACUUCGUGAGGAAUAUGAAAGCCUGAGAAAGCUGAGAGAAGAAAAGUUGCAAGAGGAGAAAACCUCUGAAGAUCAAAUCCACAAGCUGUUACCAGAGGAUACAGAAACUGGGAAAAGGAGAAUGGAUGAACAGAAAAAAAGAGAUGAGCCAUUAGUACUGAAAACAAAUCUGGAGCGUUGUCCUGCACGUCUCUCAGAUUCAGAGAAUGAAGAACCUUCACGAGGCAAGAUGACACAGACACAUCGCUCGGCAUUUGUUUCCAAGAACAACUCCUACUCCUUAGCUUUCUUGGCAGGGAACCUAAAUUCCAAGGUGGAAAGGAGUCAAAGCUGCAGUGAUACUGCUCAGGACAGAACGAAGAGCAGACUCAGAGCAGCCCCAACCGGCAAAGCCAAAGUCACAACUAUGACCCCAGCCUCCAACCCCAUCAUUGGUGUCCUCUUGUCCACUCAAAACAACCGUUGCCUCUCGGCCCCUGACCUCACCAUCGAAAAGCGUCUACCCUUCAGCUGCCUGCCAUCCUUGGCUUCCCUGCAUAAGCCAGAGCGCUCCAUCAGCCCUGAAAGCAACGACAGCAUCUCCGAAGAACUAAACCAUUUCAAGCCCAUUGUCUGCUCACCAUGUACUCCUCCCAAGAGACUCCCUGAUGGCCGCGUGCUAAGUCCCCUCAUCAUCAAAUCAACACCCCGCAACCUAAACAGAAGCCUGCAGAAGCAGACUUCUUAUGAGGCCAGUCCACGGAUCCUCAAAAAGUGGGAACAGAUCUUUCAGGAGCGGCAGAUCAAAAAGACCCUUUCGAAAGCCACCCUCACCUCCCUGGCUCCAGAAACGGGAGAAGACUUCCUAGUCUCUGAGGUUAUCCAUUCUAACAAGGAGAAGCCACUUCUGGCUGUAAAUACAAGACUGUCCAGUGGGCAAGCACUCUCUGAGUAUACUGGGCCCACCCCCACUGACCUUGAUUAUUUCCCCUCUGUUAGCCAAACAAAAACAGAACAGGGCAGUAAUAGUAAAAGGAGCACUGAGAUCUCAUUGGAAACCUGCUGUUCUUCAGAACUCAAAGUGGGAGCCAGUGGGACUUUGGAGAGAGAGCAGUUUGAAGGGUCAGGGUCAACCCCAGAUGCCAAGUUAGAUAAAACCUGUAUAAGUACAGCCAUGAAAAUCUCAACAGUUAAUUCAGUGCUACCCAAAAAUAGUGUUUUGGGUGGGGUCCUCAAAACAAAGAAACAGCUGAAGACAGUGAAUCAUUUUGAUCUGCCUAACGGUGUUCUGGUAGACAACCUAGGUGAGGAGCCACUUCCUUCCUUGCGUCGGGGCCGGAAGAGGCAUUGUAAGACUAAGCACUUGGAACAAAAUGGUUCCCUUAAGAAACUGCGACAAAGCAGUGGUGAGGUGGGUCUGGCCCCGACAGAUCCGGUACUGCGAGAGAUGGAGCAGAAAUUGCAGCAAGAGGAAGAGGACCGACGGCUGGCUCUGCAGUUGCAACGCAUGUUUGACAACGAGAGGCGGACUGUGAGUCGGCGGAAGGGAAGCGUGGAUCAGUAUCUCUUACGGUCCAGCAACAUGGCCGGGGCCAAGUAGUACCUAAGGAACAGUGUUACCUAUUUUUAAGAGGUCUUUGGGCUUGAUCAUUUAUCCUGAAGAGCUGAGUGUUCUCACUUUGGGUUUCUUUUAAUGGCAAAACACUGUCUGAUAUGGUUCUGAGGGUUCCAGGGCCUUUGCAGUCUAUAUCCAAGGGAACUGUAUCUCUGCCUCCCUGUGACCCAGGCUGGAAGCACUCCUCACUCCCCAAGUGACCCACCCCUGAGGGCUUCUGGGCCACAUCUGGCAGCACCCACUUGGAGUGAGAUUCAGGAGCACAGUCACUAGAGUUAGAAAUGGUAGAGGAAAGAGGGGAUACCUUCUCAAACUGACAGACCUGACUUCUUUCAACAGGGUGUUUUAAAUCAGCCUUGCAGAUAAAAAUUAGUUCCAUCUUUUUCAAAAGUCAAACAGUGUAGUUCUUUGGCAGAUCCAAAAAGAUUAUGUUCCUCUGUCUCCUUACCCUUACCACAAGUAAAUAUACCUAAUGAAAUCAGUUGAGUUUAUGCUUCUACAAAAGUUAAUUUAGAUUCCCUGUUUAAAAAAUAACAUUUGAUUAAUGCUAUAUAAUUGACAUGUGCAGUCAUUGUUUAAUUUGGUCUUCCCAGGAGACCUAACAUGUAAGUGGUAUUAGCCCCAUUUUUAGAUAAUGAGACUGCCAUGCAGAUGUUCAGGUUCUCUCAACUACUAAGUGGUAGGGCCCAGACUGACCACUGGGUCUCCCAACGACAAAUCCCAUGGAUUUUCCACACAAACAGGUUGCCAUAAUGGGCUGCAAUCCAAGGGCAUGCCAGAGGAACCUAGGGAAAGCUGGCUGGGCAUUGAAUACUGAUCAUGCAAAAUCUACAUGCAGAUAAUAGAGAGUGACUAGAAGUAUAAAGAUAUGCUAUGCAGUUAUCCCCACCCCCCACAGUAUAGCCUUCUGUUUUCCUGGAGGGUUCCACCCCAUGAGAUAAAUGACAAUUGGACUUCAUUAUUACUGUCCACAUGGCCAAGUGUUAUCUGCAAUGUUGAUCUAAAAUCAAAAAAAUUUUCCCAGAAGUCAGGCAAGAACAAUGGUGAAACUCCAUACUAUGGAAACAAGGUAUCUAGCUGGAUGCAGCUGGUAAAUUCAGUCCCAUGGACCUUUGGGGUUUAUUUUCCUUAGCAGCUGACACCAUGUGUCUUUUGCAUCCCUGGUGGUGCUUGGUGCUUCUGCCCAUCUGGGCUCAUUGAGAAUAGGGAUUAAGAUAUGAUUUUAGGGAAUCUCAGAUGGGCUGGCAUUCCCUGUGCAUGUAUGAGCUGUUGCUAUGAAGUCAUGUGACUUGCAUUUUAACAAACUUUUCAGAACUUAUAUAUCCCAAUGUAUGUUGUCCCCCUUGAGUGGUCCCAGCAGGAUACUGCAUAGUUUUUCCAAUGAUGUUGCCGUUGGUGAGAACAUUUCUGGAACUGUCUUCAAAGUUUAGAAACAUCUAGAAACAUAGACUCCUAAAAUGUUAGAACUGGAAGGGACCUUAAUGGUCAUCUCUUCUAACCUCCUCCUCUUACUAAAGCAGAAGCUAAGAUCCAGAACAGUGACUCACUGAUCAAGGUCACUAGGGAUUUACUAUAUCACUUUCUUUUUGAUUCUUCUCAGGAGAUUUCCUGAGAAGGAAAUCUCUGGGCAUCUUCUUCUCUGGGCAAAUCUUUAAUCUUUUGGGGUUAUGGGAGAUAGAAUUUUGAGUUUGAAACUAGUCAGAAGCUAUUUGAAACCUCUGGAAGACAAGGUAGGUUAUCAAGAGGGUUUGGAGUCAUAAGUGAGGUACAACUGUAAAGCAGUCAGAGCCAUUUUCUAGUGCAGCUCAUAAACAGUUCCCAAAGAGAAGUUCCAGAGAUGUCAUAAGCAUUUUGGUCAUCAUUGAGAUACGUGGAACUUCUUCAGUGACUACUUUGGUGGGGAGUGUCACUCACCUGAAUGUACGUAUUCUGUGUUUUAUGUGUCUGUGCGUGCACACAUGCAGAUGUAUGUUUAAAAAGCAUACAUCAGUCUCAUUACUUUAUAUUCACACCACUUCAGUUCUAGGUCCUACCAGCAACAUAUGCCCUCCAAAGGCUGCUGGAGGGCGUGUUGGUGCCCAAGAUAGAAGAGCUGGCACUGGUCUGCAAAGGACAGGGAGGGUGACUUACUAAAUGCCCUUAGAGAAAACAUCAGUACUGCCAUUUCAUAUAGUUCCUUUUUGAUCUUAGUAAAUAUUAUUGGAAGGCUAGUCUCAUUGGUAGUAGCAAAGACACUUAUUUUUCCACUUGCCACCAUUUUUUAUAUCUCCAGUAAUUUGAAAAAGAAGUUUUCAGUUGGAACUGAUUUUUCUUUUUGGGAAAAAGAUAAAUAUUUUUAAUAGAAAAAGGUAUAUAUUUUAAAUAUUUCCCCAAAGUAAUACUUUCAUUUUAAGAAAUUACGUAGAAGUAGCAACAAAUUUUAGCUUCAGGUGCCGAGUAAAAAGCUACUUCUUCUUAAGGGAAUAUUCCAAACGCUGGAUCCAGCUUACUGACUUUCCCCCUUGCACCUACUGAGGUGCCUAGAAUGGUAUUGACAGUUGUUUUCCAAACUUCCAGCUAAGCAGUAGUCCUUCAGAUAUAGGCAAAGCAGUUUAAGUUAAAGAGGGUCAGGGUUUAAUCUUUAAUCUGCUUGGCUUUGGAGAAGGAAAAGACCACUGAGGUAUUAUCUGUAUUUUAAGAUGCUUCCCAUACUUAAUAACUAAAACCUGAACACUUUUUGUUUCUGAAAAUUUUCCCUCUCCUUGAUUGUGAAGUUGGUAACAAAUGGAGUUGACAUGAAUUCUUUAGCAAGACAAGGAAAAUAGAAUGAGGAGGAGGGUUUGUGAGCUACAAUAAGAGAUACACUAUUUCACAAAACAAACAUUUCUCACAAAUCAUUGGAAUCUGAUUCACCAUACAAAUUUCCCACGUCCUACCAACGCUGUUCCUUGUGAAUAUGCAUUCUGUGUUUUUUCUUAUUAAAGGGGAAGUUAUGAGA